AACCAAUAACGUUUGUUAUUAGAUGGCUGGUGAUUAGUGAAAGUGUUGUGAGUGAAUGUUAUAAUUUUUAAAUAAAUGUGCAGUAUUGUGAAAUAGACGUUUAGAAUUCACAUGCUAAACAUCUUUGACAAUAAAAAAUGGGUGUCCCCGCAUUUUUUCGUUGGCUAAGCAGGAAGUAUACAUCUGUAAUUGUACCAUGUAUUGAAGAAAAGCCAAAAGAAGUAAACGAUGUAAAAGUACCUGUAGAUUCAACUAAGCCAAAUCCCAAUGGAGUGGAAUUUGAUAACUUAUACUUGGAUAUGAACGGGAUCAUUCAUCCCUGCACUCAUCCAGAAGACAAACCUGCACCCAAAAAUGAAGAUGAGAUGAUGAUAGCAAUCUUUGAGUGCAUCGAUCGACUUUUCAGAAUCGUGAGACCCCGCAAACUGUUGUACAUGGCCAUUGAUGGUGUU